AUGGUUAUUAAUUUAAAAAUUAAAUUCCCCAAAAUAAGACAUGUACUUAUUUUGGGCUUCUUUAUGGUUGGUUUUGGUAUGUGCUAUGAUCACAAUGACGAAACCAAAGAAGAAAUCCUAUUCAACAAUGAAAUAUAUAAUAAAUACAUAGGAAAGGGAUAUGAUAUAAUGUUUGGGUGGCCAUUACCAAAUAAUGAACUUAAUGAAGAUAUAGGUUUUAAAGAAGAAAUAUUUAACACAAAAAAUAAUAUAGACUAUAUCAAUGAAAAUGUUUGUCAUAAAGAAGAAUAUUUUAAAUUUAUCGAAGAUAUAAAUGAUGUUGCAUAUAUAGCAUUGAAUAAUAUAAACAUAGAUGAUUUGAAUAGAAAUAUUAAUCCUUUUUCAGCCUCUAUACCAUAUAAAGGGUAUUUUACUGAUUUAGAAAUAAAAAAGAGAAAAUAUAUUGUUGCAGAAAAUACAUGUUUACAUAGUUAUGCAACUUAUAAUUUAAAAGAAUCUAUUAAAAAUAUAAAUCCCGAUUUUUUAUUAGACACUGAAAAAUUACCUAUUUUAUCUAAAAGUGUUGCUGAAAAAACUUGUUCUAAGUUGGUAUAUAUGUAUAAUUCCAAGAAUGAGCAAUGCAUAAAAUUUAUUAAGCCAUGGAUGGCUUUUUUCAGAAAAUAUGGAACACAUGUUAUUGUGUCAGCUCACUUUGGUGGGAAAACUAUUAACACGUUAGAAGUACCAAUACAAAAAUUUGAAGAAUUAAAAAUAUAUAAUUAUAAAUAUUCCAUUGAAAAUAAUAGAUAUUUGAAUGUAUUUAAAGAUCGAUUGAUUUUGAAAAAUAUACUAAAAACGGAAAAUGGUAGCCAACAUAAUUAUAUGCAAGGUAAGGAAGCAGAAAAAAAUGAUGACUAUUUAGACAAAAAAGCAAAUGAUGUAUUGAACAAAUAUGAGAAUUCAAAUUCAAACAAAAUAAAUUUAGAUAUAAAAGGAGGAAACAAUUUAAACGAUGAAUGGAAAGAAUUAACUUAUGAGCAAUGGAAAAAUUCUAUAUAUACAAAUAUAGUACCUAUAUAUCUUGAUUUAUUUUCAUUGAGUUCAUUUAUGCAUAUAGAAAAAAAAGAAUCAUAUAAUAAUGCAUUGUUAUAUUAUAACAAUUUAUUUGGUAUGAAUCAAGAAAAUUAUUAUUAUUCUCAAAAUAUAGGUGAUAUAUUACUUGAUGGAAAACAAAUAACAGGAUCUGGGAAAGGAACUUUAAUUUUAACUUGCCCUGAUGGAUAUACUAAAAGUACUGGAUUUAUAUUUGCAUUUGAUAAAUCUCUGGAAUUAACAAAUAAACAAAAAAAAGAAAAUAAAAUUUUAGAAAAUAGGAUAAGAAUACAUCCAUGUCAUAAUAAAGGGGAAUAUGAUACAUCCUGUUCUUAUGUAAAUAAAAAUUCAGAUAUUAUAACUUUUGGAUGGAUAUAUUGUGUCAAAUAUAAUUUUAUAAAAUUUGAAACGAUUUAUAAAAAAAAUGAUAAUGGAUCUUCUGAUGGUAAAUCAUUAGAUAUAACAUGUCCAGAUGGAAAUAAAUUAGGACUAGCAUUUAAAAUAAAAUUAGAUCAAGAUAAAAAUUUAGACAAAAUAAAAAUAAAACCAUGUUCUAUAGGUGAUAAUAAUAAAUGUACUAUUGAGAAAAUGAAAAAUAAUACUGAUUAUUUAAUUUGGGGAUUUUGUAUUCCAUCAUUUUAUCAAAGUAUAAAUUCAUUGCAACUCAUAUACAUCGAUAAAGAUGAUGUAGUUUCAAAUGUUCAAGGGGCUUGUUCAGAUAUAUACAAAAAUGAAUAUGAUGAUAUUUUUCUUGGUUUUACUUUUGCAUUUAGAAAAGAUUUAAUAGAUGGAUUUAAUAUGUCUGCAUGUGAUGGGGGAGUUAAACACUGUAUUAGUAAAAUACAUGAAAACAAAAAUAAUGUAAGUAUAUCUAAAAAUACAGAACAAAAUUAUGUUGGGAUGUUUCUUGUAUGCCGAAACCAUGGAGAAAAUGAGCAUAAAUUUGGAGCACUAUAA